GGUUGGAUAUUAGGAAACAAUUUUUUGUGGAGAGAGUCAUGAGGCCUUGGAAUGGGCUGGGCAGGGAGGGGUGGAGUCAGUGUCCCUGGAUUUGUUGAAGGUGAGAGUGGAUGUGACAUCAGUGCCAUGGUCUGGGAAGCACAGCGGGGUUGGAUCAAGGGUUGGACUUGAUGAUCUCGGAGGUCUUUUCCAACGGGGCUGAUUCUGUGAUUCUGUGAUUGCCAUUCCUAUGGCAGCACAUGCUUGAGGCUCUAUCCCCAGGGUGAUAGAGAUGUCUGUCCAUAUCUAUCUCCAAGGUUAGUCUGUAAAUGUGUGGUGUUAGAAAAGCAGGCUGAGUUCUGGGAUGGUUGUAGAAGGAGAAGGAAGCCCAGAGGCCAGUGCAAGCAGGCAGCCCUCAGCUUGCACAUGAUGUCCCCUCCCUGCAGGUUCCUGUCCUUGAGCCCAGGCCCUGAGGUGAGGCUGAGAAUAAGUGCAAGGCAGAGGUGCUGCUGAGGAAGGAGAGCCCCGUGGUGGGGAGGAGGCAAAACUGUGAGUGCCCAUCCCCGAGAAGGUGCUGGGUCCAUCCCCUGUGUGCCAGGAUUUGUCCUUCCCAAAGCUUGGGCGGAUGGAAGAGGAGGCUACGAGGAAGAGGAAGAUGCCUUGGGCCCCCCAGGCAGGCCCCGAGCUGAGGACGGAGAGCGCGGAGGACAAAUCCCCCCGUGAGACCCUGGUGGGAGAGGCCGUUUUGAAGGGCUCCACAGUGCAGGAAGGCAGCGGGGAGGAAAAGGGCCAGAGAUCCCCCCGGAGGAGGGGCUCCAAAGCCAUCCCAGGGUGCUCUGAGGGGGAAAGAGUCAGCCUGUGCCAGGAAGGCAGCCGGAGCUUGAGGUGGAGCUCUGACGUGAUGGUCCCUGAGCAGCCUCCCAGCAGGGAGAAACCCUUCAAGUGCUUGGAAUGUGGGAAGAGCUUCAGGCAGAGCUGUGACCUCCUCAAGCACCAGCACAUCCACACUGGGGAACGUCCCUACACGUGUGGGGAAUGUGGGAAGAGUUUCAGUGACAACUCCAACCUGAUCCGACACCAGCACAUCCACACUGGGGAACGGCCUUACACGUGUGGAGAAUGUGGGAAGAGCUUUAGGUACAGCUUCCACCUCCGCACCCACCAGCACAUCCACACUGGGGAAAGGCCCUACACGUGUGGAGAAUGUGGGAAGAGCUUCAGGGACAGCUCCCACCUCCGCACCCACCAGCUCAUCCACACUGGGGAACGGCCCUACAAGUGUGGGGAAUGUGGGAAGAGUUUCACGAAGAUCUCCCACCUCCGUACCCACCAGCUUAUCCACACUGGGGAACGGCCCUACAAGUGCUUGGAAUGUGGGAAGAGGUUUCAGACCAGCUCCAAUCUCCUCCUGCACCAGCGGACGCACAUCGAUGAGAGGCCCUUCCGCUGCACCGACUGCGGGAAGGGCUUUAAGAACAACUCCAACCUUGUCACCCACCGGCACAUCCACACCGGGGAGAGGCCCUACAAGUGUGGGGAAUGUGGGAAGAGCUUCACCCACAGGUCUAACUUGACCAAACACCAACGGACCCACCAGUAAGGGAAAGCCCUCCGAGUGCCCUGACUGCGGGAAGAGCUUUGGCCACUGCUUCCACCCCAAAUGAACCCCCUGAUGGGGAGGCAACCCCUGGAGUCCAGUGACUGUCAGUCCAUCCCUUUCGACCACAAAGGGCCAGUCCCCUUUCCCAGGGGCAGCUUCUUCCAACAGAACCCUUUAUGGGGGCUGUGUGGAGAUUCCUGCCUUGGCUGGGGACCCCCCCAAGGUCACUGCUGGAAGUUGAGAGCAGAAAUUUCCACACCAGCAUUAAUCUGGGGGAGUUCUAUCCAUCCAUAAGAAUUAUUGCUUUUGUACCAGCUUGAGUAGAAUUGCUUCAAUAAUUGCUUUAGUGUAGAGCACUGUCCUAUCUUAUCCUGUACUCCUGGUAGAUUUAGUGUUUGUAUUGUGCAGUAAAUAAUUCUGAUUA